AUGAUCUCACAAUCACCAUCAACCUUGUCUCGACAUAGUGUCUCCAGCUUCGAUGAAAGUAUGGCAUGUUCAACAUCAGAUGCCGGUUCAUCUUCGCCUUCGACAUCGUCUCAAACCAGUGAAACACAAAGUAUCGUACCUAUUUCUGUACCGAAAGAGUUAUUAGAUAUGGGGUUGAUCAAGGAUGAAGAUAGUGAUAUCACGUUUACUCGUAGUCGAUAUCCCGCCGGACCACCGACACAAUGUCCGAUAUGUGGCGAUUCGGCCGUGCAUCGACAUUUUGGUGGUGUGGUCAGUUGUAAUGGAUGGUAUGUUUGCUCUUAUCUUUAUUUUUGCAUAAGACUCGUUUUAUUGGUGUUGUUAUUAAAACUUUUGUCGGUUUUUGUGUUGUUAGUAAGACUUUUAUCAGUUUUUAUGUUCUUUGUACCUUAAUCAUAUUGUUUUAAAGUGCUUGGAACGAUCAGUAAGAAUAAUCAAACGAAAUAGAAGAAUUAUUUUUCAGUGCUGCCUUCUUUCGUCGAACGAUUGUUGAAUGCAAAUCUUAUAAAUGUCGAAAAGGAAACAAAUGUGAACUUAGAAAAGGUAAGACCAAAACAAGAAAUAAUAAAAAUUUUAUUAAAAAGCCGGGUAACACCAAUUUUUACGCCCCCUGUAAACUAACACUUGGCUUACUCCCGUAGUUGAAAGUUUUAUUGUCAUACGUGAUUUCAUAAGAUUGACCUUCUUUAAAGUAUCCGCCCAAAAGUACGAUCUUUCAUAGCUUUUACGGCACACUUUUGCUCCUUGAUUAUUUUCUAACUAUAAUCUUCAUGAAUAUAUAAACACACUUUGUCACAGCUCAGCGUCCUUUGAAACCUGAAAAAAAAUUAUUCGAAUAGCAAAGACAAGUUAAACAAAAUAUAAACAAGGUAAACCAGAAAAACCUUUAAAAAUUAAAAAAAGUAAUGGAAACUAUCUCCAUGAUCCCAAAAACAAGAAAAAUGUCAGAAAAAAAUAAAUAUAUUUCUUUAUUUUCUUAUACCGUACUCCAUUAUUGAUCGUUGUGGGACCUAAAGAGGCUCACAUUGUCAAUCACAUUUCCUUUGAAAAACAUUCCAAAUAAAUUUAUAACAAUCUGUAUACCAUUAUGACAAAAAAACUCUGAUAACCAAAUACUUUUAGUAAAAGGCUCAUCAAUCUGCAAGUACUGUCGUUUCCAAAAAUGCCUGGAAAUAGGUAUGGUAAUGAAAGCUGUUGAACCGAAACGAAUUGAACGUGCAGUAGAAAACAAUCCAGGAGUAUUAAGCAGGCUUUUACGUUGCCGGCAAGCUGCUUUCACUGACCGGUAUAAAAGUACGAUCGAUGUUUAUGGUGGCAUAACAACAUAUAUACGGAUGUCGAACAAGCAGAAAACUGGGACAAGUGCUUUGAUGGCUUCAAAAGCUGAAUUCUCAGUGCUACGAGCAUUUUUCAAGAACAGUGAUUUUAGCGGACAUCUGCCUCAGGGUAUUGAUGUAAGUUUUAAGGAUUUUAAUGAAGAUUCUACAAAACUAAAGUAUUUAAAAAAAUUAUUAAUGAAAUUUAGAAGUACAAAGAAAUUCAUAUGUACUAAAGAAAAUUUUUUAGCUAGUUCUAGCCCAACGACAGUUACUAACAUGGAUAACAUGUGAAGCAGUGUACGCGAAUAUAAAAUACCGAGGAUUUCAUAUUGGACGAUGCUAUUAUGUUGACGAAAGCUACAUGGUAACAGAUGAAGUCGCUGUGAAACAGUAUUUGGACAGUUAUCCUGGCUUGACACAUACAGAAGCUCUUAUACCGUAAGCAAAUUUCAGAAUUAUAAAAAUGAAUGUUAACCAAAAACGUAUUUUACCAAAUCAUAAAGAUUUAAAAUUAUAAUUUAGGUACACUAUUAAGUUCUAUGCUUCAAUAUCAAAAAUUGCUGAAGCAAUGUACAACGCUCAUGUUGAUGAAGAAGAAGUUACUGCAGUCACAGCUAUUAUACUGUUGAAGGAAAGUAAGUGACCCUAGCUUUGUGGCACUCAUGUUUAGGCUUGUAAUAUAGAAAAAAAGUUUUUUAACUUUAAAAAUGCCUUUAAUAGUCAAUAUUCAAAAACAAAACAUGGGUAAUGAUAUAAAAAUGUAACGAUUUAAAACUUUCAGUGUCAACCCUACUGGGAAGGAAUAAAGAGAUAGAGAAGAAAAUGAACAUGAUAUUCAAAGGUUUAAAAGAACACUAUGACAGUAAUUACCAUGAUUUGGCCUUAAGAAUGGGGAAUUUGAUCAGUUUUGUCGAUAUUAUGAUGGUAAGAAAGCUUUGGUCGAAGUACUAUUAUAGCACUCUUACUGUCCUACUCACGUUUACUCUGGUACAACUUAAGCUUACUCGUUCCUUUGUAGCCUACCCUAGUCGUACUAGCUUACCCUUCCUCCUACUGUAGCGUACCGCUAGUCCUACUGCAGCCUACCCUAAUGAAGCCUCACCUACCGUACCCUAUCUUACCCUACCCUACUACACCUUACCCCCACCUCCUUAAUCUUAACUUAUUAAUGCUACGACUGCACUUUUUACUACAUUAAACUAAAAAAACUUCUUUUCAGACCGAAGUUGCUGAAUGUCGAGACGACCUGAUCAUGAUGAUGAGGUUAAAUGACCCGCAAGACAGCAGCGUUACGCAAGACCUUCCGGGAUACCAUGAAUUUUUGUAUCGACAAUCCAUCCGAUCCCAGUAUAGUAAUGCUUUAGGGUCUAAUUUUAAAUGA